CGGGCGGGUCGAGCACUCCGCAGUAGUGACUCUGAGAGCAAGAGAGAGGGAACUAGAGCGCGCGAGCUUUGGAGGGAUGCGGCUCCUCGCGCCCCCUGAGGACUCGGAGCCGCCGAGGGCCCCCUCGCGCGCGCAGUAAGAGCUGCUCCUCCGAACCCCUUCGGGCGUCACUCGGGUAUCUUUUGCUUGGCAGAUGGAUCCUAAGGAACACUGAACGUUAACUGUGGAAAAUUUAUAAGCUCUGCAGUGGCUGGGAUGUUGCGACAGAACGGUGGCGGAAACAAGCGUGGUUUAGGAUUAACCAAACUGUCUACCUCCAAUUUCUUCACCAUCUCUAAUUCAGGAAGCUGGGGGAUGGGGCGCAGCACCAAAAGCAGUUCGCUGAGCAGCAUUAGCUCCAACUCUGACUGCUAUGAUAGCACUGUUGUGGAUCCAGAAUACAUCAUGCAGUUGGUGACUGAUGUCAGAAAAUUUGCAGAUGUUCUACUUUAUUUGAAAGAAGCCAUUCUUUCUGAAGAAAACCAAGGUUGUCUUCAUCAUGUUGUUCAUGAACGUUUGGGUGAGCUACUCCGUGUGUUAAAGGCAAUAAUAAACAAACAUCAGAGUCUCAAUUCAGUUGACAUUCUAAGUGCUGCUGGAACAGUUAUUGCAAAAGUGAAAGCUGUGAACUUCAAGGAAGUUAAUGAAGAAAAUAAAAGAGAAGUCUUAAGUGAGAUAUUCUCUUCGAUUGAUACGUUGGCAUUUACCUUUGGCAACAUAGUUUCAGACUUCCUUAUGGGAGAUGUGGACAAUGGCUCAACAUUGGGUCUCCCUGUAUCUCGUCAAAGCCAGUCUUUUGAAAAUCUUUCUGUGGAUUCUGGGGGAUCACUGCAUGAAAGGGACGACGUUCAAGGGACAGGGCACCUUAGAGCUGAAGAAAUUGAUAAUGUUCUUCUAAGAAAUGAUAAUGGAAUUGAAUCGGCUCUGUCCUAUGCUAAAGCAUGGUCAAAAUAUGCGAAGGACAUAGUUGCAUGGGUAGAGAAAAAGCUUAACUUGGAAAUGGAGUGUGCUAAAAGUCUGGCAAAAAUCGCAGAAACAACUAAAACUAUUGUUGGACCCCAGGAUUACAUGCCUUUCCAAUCAAUAUUCAUAAAUGCAUUCCAAAAUGACAUAGAGAACAGUCAGCUUUGGCAGCAAACAUCAGCAGCUCUGCAAACUAAUAAAUUUGUACAGCCACUCCUUGGAAGAAAAAGUGAAUUGGAUAAACAAAGGAAGGAAAUCAAAGAGCUUUGGCAACGAGAACAAAAGAAAAUGCAAGAAUUGGAAUCGACGGUACGAAAAGCAAAGCUAUUAUAUAUUCAGCGGCAAGAUGAAUAUGAAAAGGCAAAAUCAUCAGCUGUUCGUGCUGAGGAGGAACAUUUGAGUAGCAAUGGAGGCAUUGUAAAAGAUACCAGCAAACUAGAGAAAAAAAGAAAACUGGAAGAGGAAGCUCUCCAAAAGGCUGAAGAAGCCAAUGAACAUUUCAAAGCCAGCGUGGCUGAAGUUGAAGAAAAGCGAAACGAUCUAGAAAAUUUCAAAAGUGAUAUGUUAACACAGCUGCGAGAACUGGUUUAUCAAUGUGACCUCACACUUAAAGCUGCAACAGUUAAUUUGUUCCAAAUGCAGCAUGCCCAAGUUGUGUCUCUACCGGUUAACUGUCAAUCCCUCUGUGAGAGUGCCAAGCUGUAUGAUCCAGGACAAAAAUUCUCCGAGUUUGUGAAGAAUUUGCCAAAAGAUGAUGCUCCCAUUGAAUCGGGUUCCUUUGAAACCCAGAGUUCUCAGGCUGGAGGACUGGCAGAAUGGCUCAGCAGAAGGAGGGUUUUCACUAAACGAUCAAACAAUAUUCAUGCAUCACAAGGAAACUUAUCUCAAUGCUCAGGAGAUUUUCCUACUCAGUCCUUAGAAGAUAUUGCAAGCCCAACCUGUCAGCACUCUCAAAAGAUUGGAGAAAAAAGAUCGUCAAGCAGCACAGAUGUCUCUGCUGUUCGGGGCCCACCACCAUUCAGAUCCUGGUCAGUUGGUAACCAAAGUGGAGGAAUGUGCAGUGAUUCUGAAAGUGCUGGAGGAAGCAGUGAAUCAAGAUCUGUAGAUUCUCCUUCUGCAAGUCCAGGUGAUUUUAAAAGAAGACUUCCUCGAACACCAUCUACUGGCACUAUGUCAUCUGCAGAUGAUCUUGAUGAGAGAGAACCACCAUCACCUUCAGAUUGUGGUUUAAAUGAUUUAGUAUCUGAAAUUACCAGUUCACCUGGACCUUUUCGAAACACUCUUCUGUCUAAGGCAGCACAAACACACAAACUGAGGAAGCUCAGGGCUCCAUCCAAAUGCAGAGAAUGUGAUAGCCUGGUGGUCUUCCACGGAGCGGAAUGUGAAGAGUGUUCACUUGCUUGUCACAAGAAAUGCUUGGAGACAUUAGCAAUUCAGUGUGGGCACAAAAAACUUCAUGGAAGACUUCAUCUCUUUGGAGUAGAAUUUACUCAAGCUGCUAAAAAUACCCCUGAUGGCAUCCCAUUCAUCAUAAAAAAGUGUACCUCGGAAAUUGAAAAUAGGGCCCUAAAUGUAAAGGGUAUAUACCGUGUGAAUGGAGCCAAAUCAAGAGUUGAAAAGCUCUGUCAGGCAUUUGAAAAUGGAAAGGACUUGGUGGAAUUAUCUGAACUCUAUGCCCAUGAUAUAAGUAAUGUCCUUAAAUUAUAUCUUCGCCAGCUCCCUGAACCUUUGAUUUUGUUUCGGCUUUAUAAUGAAUUCAUUGGACUUGCAAAAGAGAGUCAGAGCAUUAAUGAGGAGCUGGAUGUGAAACAGACGAGCCCCAGGGCAAAAAAGAGGCAGUCAGUCUGUAUUGAACUGAACAGAAUCAUUCUUAAAAUCAAAGAUCUCCUCAAACUGCUGCCUACACCAAACUAUAACACCCUCCAGUUUCUUUUAGGCCAUCUGCACAGAGUUACUGAGCAUUCUGAUGAGAAUAAAAUGUCUGCUAGCAAUCUCGGCAUUAUAUUUGGUCCAACUCUGAUCAGACCACGACAGACAGAUGCUACCCUUUCCCUUUCUUCACUUGUGGACUAUCCAUACCAAGCCCGGGUGGUGGAGCUCCUCAUUACCUACUAUGAGAAGAUCUUUGAUAUUUCAGUCCAGCCACUGUUGGCUGCAUCUCAGUUGGAAGAAAAUGCAGCUUGUGCUAAAAAUACUGUAUCACCAGAAAACAGAGAACAGUAUCAACAAAGAAAAACACCACCCUGUGUUUCUGUGAAGGAAAGUGGCCAAUUCGUCCAAAAUGAGAGGAAAGAGUCAGAAAAAGUUGUGUUGCUUGAUGAACCAGAUGGUGGUAAAGGCACCCCAAAAACUUCUAAUGCUUUGGUAUCAGAAUUGAAUUGUGAACUUGGAACUAAGCAGAGUAUUGGCAUGAGAAAUCCUGCCUCUGAAUCCCCUCCUGUCUCAGUUCUGGAAAAUCACAUUCAAUCUACAAAAGAAUCAGGCAAUACUGUGGGACCAGUUUUACAUCAAGACAGUGAGCCAUCUUCCCCUCAAAUUGAAGAUGGUGUUAAAGCUAAUCAAUUAGUGAGACCUAUUCGCCAAAUAACCAAAGUUCAGUUACGUUCUCAAAGGAUGAAGCCAGUUGUUCGUCCUGUGAGUUUACCUCUAGGUCAAAUGCUCCCUCCUUCUGUUCUGAAUGAGAGAAACUGCCGAAAUGCAGGUCUGAAUACAGAAAAACUCGGGAGGAGUCCUGUCAUUGAAGAAGUUUCUGAGGCACAGCCACUUCCAACAGUUAAUGUCGGCUCUAGGCUUUCUUGUUAUGACACACAGACUCUGAAAAAAACAUGGGAUAAGCAAUAUAAACAAUAUGAUAUGACUGCAAGGACUGCAAUGAUUAUGACUAAUAUCCCCCAGGAAAACCGUGCACAGGAGUCUGUAAGCACAUGUGCCUUACCUACACCUAUCAGUUCAGUAAAUGCCAUACUUCCUAAUAAGCCAUACACGGUACCUGUCAGGGCUGCAAGGACAGCGGCAGAAGGGCCUUCCUCAGAUGCGAAUCCUCUCACUGCUUUCAGAGCACCAAGAACUUUGCAACCACCACCAGGAACAUUUUACAAACCACCCUCCAACCCUAAGGCCAGACCAAACGACGAGAGUUCCUCACUCAAACUUUGUGCAGCAGAUAUCAAAGAUGAUAUUCCAAAGCUAGUGGUGAACCCUGGGCUUGGCCACGGCUCCCCUAGCCAGCCUGCAAAGCAACAAAAACCCAGUUCUGAAACUCUCUCCCCUACAGACCUGAAGCCCACAUACCAGAGAUUGAGGCCAAAGCGAAUGCAAGAACUGGAACACAGGGAAGCUCACUUUGUAUAGAGAAGCAAAACUCUUCUGGAACUGCCACAGACAUGUUCGUGGAGGAUUUUCUUUCUUUUCUUUUUUGGUAGAGGAUUUCACUUUUGUGCCAUAUUGGAAUUAUUUUUAUAUGUGUAUAUAUAUAUACACACACCUGUAUAGACUUUUUAAAAUAUGAAAUGUAAAAAAGCUGUGAAGAAUAAUGAAGUUAAUUUUUUUAAUUCAAUAGAAUUUUUUCCCUCAAGAGUAUUUAUAUAUUCUAAAUAUAGAAGCAGCUAAUGGCAGGUGCACUCAAAAACUUAUAAUCUAAUUCCAUGUGUGGGAUUGAACCCUUCCUUGUGAAAAUCAAUUUACCAUGUUUGGGUAGAGCAAUGGAAAGAGCCACUUUUUCUAAAUGUUUUUUUUUUUUAAGACUGCAGGGUAUAAAAUACAGCUACUUAAUUUAAGAAUAAACCAAAGCUUGAAGCAUUGCUCUAAGUGUCUGUAUUCAGUUUCCCUCCCUACUCUGUGCAAUGAAAUGUUUUUGAAUUGAUUGAGUUCUGGGCAGCAAGGCUUUUGUAUAUUUUAUGUGUGUUUGUGUGAGUGUGCGUGUCUAUAUGUUUAUACACAAUAUAUAUUUUAUAUACUGGUCUAUUCAUUUUUGACAACUUCUGUUGAAAGCUACUUGUAUAGAAAGAUGAAUUAUUGUACUAUACUAUGAACAUAUUUAAAAAGCUUUCUUACUCAGUUUUCAAAUGGUUUCAAUACAUAAAAACUAGCUGACCCAGUUACCCUUCAAUGAAAUUAGUGGUAAUGGCACAUCCAUUCCUAUUUACCAAUAAGCUAGAUUUUUCUGUUUGCUAAAGAUAGAUCUCAGUCGUGGAGAGGAAUGUUUAAAAAUACCAUCAAAGCCUGCAUUUAGUAAGUGCAUCAAAUGGUUUUUCAUUGUGUAUGAACCUGCUUUUAUAUGUACACUAUUUGCUUUAAAAAUAUACAGUGACCUGUUAACAUUU